AUGGCCAAUAAAACGGAUGCUCUACCUGUCGAGAUCCUCGGGCUCAUAUUCACUCUGAUCGCACUCACCGACCAGAUGUUGCUCUGCUUCCAUCAUUCUGGCCUCUGCUCCCAUCCCCGCGAGGAAAAGUAUCAGGGCUGGCUAUCUCUUACGCACCUCUGCCGCCGCUGGCGGCACAUCAUAAUCUCUUGUAAAACCAUAUGGGCUCAAAGCGUUGGCCGUCUGCCAUCCGCCACGGACAUCUUUAUCGCUCGUGCUUCUUCCACAACGCAACUUCACAUUCACGUCACGGGCAGGGAACAUGUCGCCAAGAUGUGCAACGUGCUUCUCCAGGAAUGUCAUCGGGUUACUUCCAUCACGGUCAAUGGAUGCUCCUCCCAAGAGAUCAAUAACAUCCUCGACAAGACCGACCGUAGCGUUCUAUUACGGGUGGAGACGGGUUAUGCGUUUGAGCUCAGAGACGUGGCCAUACCCUUACUUGGACAUCCCGAGUCAUCAUAUCGCUCAAAUACCAUCCGCCACAUCGUCAUCAGUCACCCGCCGACCCACUUUACUGGACAUGCACUCUUUCGCCUGCUGGACGAUUGUCCAAACCUCGUCACCCUGGAACUACGAAACGUGUUGACGCUCUCUAUCACCAAUUGGAAUACGCAGUCAAGUGCCGUUCGAAAAGCAAGACCCUCCCUUUUGCGACGAUUCAUCAUGAGCUACGGGGGAAAUGCACCAAAUAACGUCGCUGAGCUCCUCAUGGACCUCAAACUGCCUUCUUGGACGGAGAUCGUGAUUAAUGACCUGCCCGCCGUCCCCCUGGCCGUGACCCCUGUCAUUGAAUACCUGUCCAAAAGAAGUGAGGAUCAUUCCCGGUUACGAAUGACCUGGGUCAACAAAAGGCUCUCCGUUCAUGACGCCGACUCCCUUGAGGGAUCGCCCUCUAUUUUCUCAUUUGACAUGCCCCCCAAGAUCGAACACAUCAUGUUCUGGCGCAGCGAAAAGUUCAUCAAUUCCAUGUUCAGUCGCGUGACGCACUUNGUUCUGGCGCAGCGAAAAGUUCAUCAAUUCCAUGUUCAGUCGCGUGACGCACUUGACGACUGA